AUGAGUUCUAACAAAUUUACCAAAUGAGCACCAAGAAAUACUCCGUAAUUUUAAAGUCUGCCAAAUUAAAUAAUUAAAGUUAUAGGCCCGAAGUGUUUGAUCCGGUCCAACUAGGAAAUCACAGGCCCAAGAUCGGCAAAAAACCUAACCCUACUUCCGCUUAGUCGACGAUCCUUCUUAUGUUAUCGUCUCUUGUUUCGUUUGUUAGCUUUUAUAUCUCAUCAGCAGUGAACAGAUCAAGCUUACAGGGCGCUGUUGAGCAGACAUCUGCUGAUCAGUAGAGCUCUACAACAAUGUCAGGCAAGCCGAGGGCAACCAGGAAAGAUGAAGUUGUGACCAGAGAGUACACCAUCAAUCUCCACAGACGCUUGCAUGGAUGCACCUUCAAGAAGAAGGCACCCAAGGCAAUAAAGGAGAUAAGGAAGUUUGCUCAAAAAGCAAUGGGAACAACAGACGUGAGGGUUGAUGUGAAACUAAACAAACAGAUUUGGAGCAAAGGGAUCCGAAGUGUGCCGAGGAGGGUCCGUGUCCGAAUUGCAAGGAAGAGGAAUGAUGAUGAAGAUGCUAAGGAAGAACUUUACUCACUGGUUACUGUUGCUGAGGCUCCGGAGGGACUUAAGGGCCUAGGAACUACUAUCAUUGAGGAUGAUGAAGACUAAAUUUAUCUCUUCCAGUUUUGGCUGUUGUCCUUUCUCAAAUACUAUCAUCGAGUGUGUUGUCAUUUUGAUUUAUAGACUUGACAAAUCUUCGUAUGUGUUAAAGACAAAAUUUGGGUUCUUUACAAGUGUAUGCUUAGACAAUGAUAUGUUUAGUAAUAACAGUUAGAUCUUGUUAUUGUCAAAAAAGAAGAGAAA